AUGACAAACACUCGAGGGAUUUGCGAGACAGAUGACUAUCAUCCAAAUAUCCGUUCCAUUAAAUUGGCUAAUUCAGAAUCAAUUUUACAAGAGAUUCAUGCCUCUCCAGAAGUUAAAUUUCAGCAAUUAUUUGACAACUUGAAUGAAAAAGAGGAGCAAUCGUUGACUAAUCGCGUGGAGCUGGAUGUUCAGUAUGUUGAUGCUGGACAAUAUGAUGGGAAUCCAAACACACUGUACAUCACUCGCGAUAUUGUUUGUGGUCAACUGCUGAAUCGUUCAGUUGCAGUCAUCUUAUUGCAUUAUGUUCGUCAUAUGCCUAUUUCAAUAUCGUCAACAGCCGCCUAUGCGUUAGGAUUCUACAGGGUACCGACAAUUGGUGUAGGCAUUCAGAAUGGCGAAUUCUCUACGAAGAGCGUAUAUCCGACCUUCCUGCGUACCUCGCCACCGUACAGCAACGAAGCACGUGUAUUUCUGCAUUUGCUACGCGAGCUACAGUAUCGCGAGGUUGUUGUGGUACACGUCAACGGUGAUGUGAAUGCAAUGCAAUUCAUAAAAGUUUUCGAAGAGGAUCGACCAAAUUUCAAGAUCCACGUUCGUUUCACUGAUUUGUUUCCACCCUAA